CCCCCCUUCGAUGGGUGGAACGAGUACUGAGUCAAGUGAAUGGUUCAGUAUAGAACUUGCCUGUCGACGUCGCAGUACGGUCGACAGUCUCAGCAGUCAGUGGGACGGGUUGCGAUAAUCCAUUCCAUCGCACAUAGCUCUACAACGUACACAACAAUGGCAAUGGCACAGCUGCUACAGAAUUGAUCUGAAAAGUGCCCGCCUGAGAAGCUGUUUGUAUAUCCCGAGUGUGUUUUGUGCGGUUUAAUAGUGUUUUUUCUCUCGACAAUCCAGUCACGAACGGGCCACUACGUGUGCGCAUCUGUAAAUGAUAAUAAUUGGCGACGAAGUUUCAGGAGUUUGCUAGAUUUGCCAAAGAAAACUGAAAUCAGUUCCAGUUCCAGCUGAUCAAUUCAGCACGCUACGGGGCUUCUGUACUGAGACGGCGGCUCUUAUCACCGUAGUAGUAGGCUGGUCAUCGUUUCUGCACAGGUGCUCAGAUUAACUGAAAUCCACAGGAAGAUGCACAUGCACAUGUCAUUCUGGUGGGGCGCCGAUGUGGGAGAUGUGUUCUUCAAGGGGCUCACGGUGAGCACGACCGAAACGAUGGUGGCCCUCUGCCUAACCCUCACGGUGCUGUCGAUCGUGUACGAAGGACUGAAGGUCCACGGUGCCAAGGCACGUGCCCGAGCUGCUCGGGAGCGCCAGCGGUCCGCAUCCUGUCCACCGAGCGAAAGCGCCACACUCCUCUCGCUGGAAACCGCCCCCGGCAUUAUCCGUCCUCUGUCGCGCCGUUUCUGUGCCUUCUUCGCCGAGGCCACCAUCUUCCUGUUUCACAACAUGCUCGGCUACGCGCUGAUGCUCACGGUGAUGAUCUACAACGGGUACCUGUUCGUGGCCGUGGUCGGCGGAAUGGCACUGGGCUACUUCUUCUUCGGGCACCUCUCGAUGAAGGUCAACAUGGAGAACUUCCAGGCCCGGCAAACGAACGUAAUUUGCACGGCCCGCUGCAUGCAGACAGCCGAGACCUGUGCCAUGAGUCACUUGGCAUCCUGUCCUUCCUCUCGUCCCCACCUGAAUCGCACCAAUUACCAAACUCUCUGCUCCUGAAUCGUGUAGAUUCGUCCCCCUUCGUAGUGUAGUAUUCAGUGAACCCGUCGUCCUCGUCCAGUCUGGAACAUCACCAUCACCAACUUCUGCGAACGAACGAGCUCAACGUUGACGGGACGGCACCAUCGACUUCGGUCGAAAUCCAUUCGUGCCAUUAAAGCGGAUAAAAAAAAAACAACUAAAAGCACAAACCGUAUUGAGAGUAGCAA